GCACUCACCAAAAAGCAGGUGCUGCUACCGAGAGCGUGCUGCGCGGCUCCAUAAAUCACGCGAGCGGCGUCAGAAUCGAGAUGUAUCAAAGUUUUAGGAUGCCAUGUGAAAUAGCCUUAGAUGAGGAUGCGCUUCGUUGUUAUGGUGAUGCUGUUGCCAGCGCUAAUGAGGGCAGGAUCAGAAUGCAGGUCCAGCUGUCGGCUCACCAAUAUCUCCAUUACUGUGGAAAGAGAAUGUGGCAGCUGCAUCACAAUUGACACCACUGCCUGUGCCGGGCUUUGUAAAACACAGGAAAGUGUUUACCGUAGCCCACUGAUGCUGCCCUACCAGAGCAUCUGCAUCUUCAAAGAAUGGACCUACGAGACCUACGAGUUUAAAGGCUGUCCGAGCAGGGCUGACUCUGUUUUCACGUACCCAGUGGCCCUCAGCUGCGCAUGCGACAAGUGUAACUCUGACAUCACAGACUGUGGAGUCCUCAGCCAGCAGACACUCAGCUGCAAUGCACAUUAGACGAGGAAAGCAAACCCAUCUCUGCAACCGUCCGAAAGCCCGUUGUACAUUUCUUAAUAUUUCAUAACACCCUGCAAAUUGCAUAAUAGAAUAAAACAAGUAUAAAACAUUUUGGUAUUAUUUGCAAGCAUCAAAAAAUAUAACAUUCCCCAAGAACCUGAAUGCAAUGGCUAAAUACAAUACAUUUUUAAAGCCGUAUAAAGGAUGCUUCGGCUCAAAGCUCCUGACAGGUCGCCGUUUCAUCCUGUUACGUUUCUGGAAUCUUCUGUAGGCUCACGUGUCAGUAAUCUCAGCAUUAAAACAGCUCUCACAUAGCGUAAACAGAACUCAUUUCCUGUGAUAAACCAUCUGUUCCCUAACGCCGAGACGCAGACACAUUCAUUUUACUUGUGAAAUUGGUGAAUUUCUACCAGAGCUUAUAAUUGUCCUUCUGAGACCAACUGUAAAACAUUCUGUCUGUGAGGACGCUCUCU